AUGCUUCGUCUCGUGACUUUUCUGGGCAUUUGGUCCUGGGCAGCCGCUGGCUUCUGUGCGUUCACGAGCGACGAGUCGACCCAGACAUGGCCGGCGGGCUGGCGUGAGGGGCUCCGAGCCUUGCAUGACCUCUUCGGCUGUGAGGGCUACAACCGGGGCGCCCGGCCCUCGCCGGGCACCGUCGCCGAGCUGCUGGCGGCGCUGGACAUGGAGGACGACGGCACCGAGGGCAGCAUCGAUCUGCAACGCUUGAAGAGGAGCUACCGUGAUCUCUCAGUGAAGCACCAUCCGGACAAGAGCUCUGACUCGGGCCGACGCUUUCAACAGCUCCGGGAUGCCUUUGAGAUCCUGGAAGAUCCUGUGAAGCUCUUGCUGUACGACACCGGUGGUUUGGAGCUUCUACGACGCUACGAGGCGCAUGCGGAGGAGGUGCCGCAAACCGAGAACUUGGAGAUCUCGCACCAGAUCAGCUUGGAGGAUGCCUACGCAGGAGGGAGCUACAAGUUGGAAUAUUCUCGCCAUGUGGUUUGCCUCUCCUGCCGCUUGCAGCCCCGCCUGCCGCGCUGUCGGCGGUGCCAAGCAUGCCCGGAUGAGAUCGAACAUCGGCAGGUUUGGGUGAACUCAUUUGAGUACUAUGUGAAAGAACUUCGAAAGCCAAGCCCCGAGCGCUGUCGUCGUGGCACCGAGUUCCUCCCCUUCGCCGUGGAGCGCGGCAGCUCCAGCGGCGACCGACUGCGCUUCGAGGGACGAGCGGAUCAGCUGCCAAGCCACGUACCUGGUGAUGUGCUGGUCACACUGCAGAUCAAGCCGCACCACGUGUUCAAGAAGGUGGGCGCCGAUUUGGUGAUCCAUCUUCGAAUCUCUUUGAUGGAGGCGCUUUUGGGCUUUCAGCGUGAGAUACAUCACUUAGAUGGACAUUUGGUCCAGGUCUCACUGCCCCGUGGCAGCGUGCUACAGCCAGAGGAGCUAUUGGUCGUGGAGGGCGAGGGGAUGCCAUUGCAUGAUGAUCCCUCCAGCUACGGCCGGCUUUUAGUACGCUUCACCAUUGACUUCCCAGAGACUUUGGCUGGAGAUGGCAGAGGACUUUGUGCCAAGCUCCGCAGCGAACGCUUUGGAGGAGGCUUUGAGGAUGGCUGGUUGAGGGAGUGGCUAGAGGUCCAAGGUGAAGAUGAUAUGGACCCUUGUGUCCAUCCCCGCGUCAUCUGCGACCACGGUCACGUGGUGUUGCUGAAUGGCUCGGCGCUGGGCUGGCGGACGCUGCCGGAGAGCAUUGGACACCUGCAAGGCUUGAGGCAGCUCUUCUUGCGCAACAACCACUUGAGCUCAUUGCCGGAAUCUUUCGGAAAUCUUACGGAAUUAGUGUUUUUGUACUUGGAGAACAACCACUUGAGCUCGCUGCCACACUCCUUGGGACAACUGAAGAGCUUAUGGCACCUCUACUUGCAAAACAACCAGUUGACUUCACUGCCGGAGUCUUUGGGCAACCUCCAGAGCUUGCUGGUGCUCUACUUGGAGAAGAACCAGUUGACUUCACUGCCAGAGUCUUUGGGCAACCUCACCAACUUGCUGCAGCUCUUUUUGCGGAGGAACCGGUUGAGUGGUUUACCGGGGACGCUGGGAAACCUACGAAGAUUGCAGUGCCUUCAUGUGCACGAGAACCGGUUGAGAUCUUUGCCCUCAUCCUUGGGCAAUCUUCAAGGCUUAGAGAGCCUCUUCUUGCAAGAGAAUCAGCUGACUUCACUGCCGGACUCUUUGAUCAAGUUGACGCAACUGAAGCGCCUCCACGCGCAGCACAAUGACUUGAGAUCAUUUCCAAAUACAUCAGGGACCCUUCUUCCUUGGCAAGUCGCUCUACUGCAGCACAACCGGAUGUCAAGUCUGGAGGCCCUUUGUGACCUACCUUACCUCACUACGCUCUACUUGCAUCACAACCAGCUUCGGAACGAGAUUCCUACGUGCAUUGGCAGCUUGGACGAUUUGCAAGUCCUUACACUCCACAGGAAUGCUUUGACGGGACCAAUUCCUCCUAGGUUGGCCCAGUUGCCUCGACUGAAAGUGCUGACUUUGCAUGGGAACCGUUUGAUGGGAUCCCUGCCAGCCACAUUUCACACAUCAGCACAGCUCCUGUUCUUCUCGGCCUUUUCCAAUGACUUCACUGGACAAGUGCCACCCAUGAAGCUUCAGGCUGGUUGCAUAGAUGAUGAGUCGUUUUGGAUGGAUGCACCAGUGAAGGGCACUUCGACAUCUUACACAGUUACGUGUGAUGUACUGGGAAGGCUGCUGAGUAUCGAGAGUCUGGAGCUGACAAAACGACAGUACCAGGAGAUUUUGGAUGCUUGUCCUCAGGUGCACCGCCGUUGCAAGGAUGCCCCUUCCAGAGGGCCCACGCUUCUGUUGCAGAGCAAUCGUUUGUCUUGCACUUUGCCGCUGCAAGUGGCUGCAGACAACUCAUCGGACUUGCGAUCGUUGAUGGUGGUGGGCAACAUGCUUGGCACUGAGUGGAUGGAUUUACCAAGAUGGGUCUCCAAAUCAGAAAGGCAACCCUUCUUGUACGUCUCACCUCUCAAGUUCUUGGGGCGUCCAAUUUCUGGCCUUCAAGGACUGUUCUUGAUUCUCAUUGGGCUUUUGACUCUAUUCCUGGCCUGCCUACGCUUCAGCCUCAGCUGCUUCAAUUGCAAGGAACUCAUGGAGACUAUGCGUGAGCAUCGGGAGGAUCAUCUGUGGCGCUCGCACCUGUUCCUGAUCCGACAGAUUUUAGUCUUGCUGCCAAUGGCCACCCUGCUUUUUUGGUGCUACACAUGGCAUGCGUCUUACUAUGAAUGUGGCAGGGAGCUCAGCAAAACGACCCUGGCAUACUUUGAAGGCGGUCAAAUGGCGGAACUAGCUCUCGCUUGUCUUUGGUCCAGCUGGAGCCUUCUUUGCCUCUACCAUGCGCGAAGGAUUCCUAAACCAGGUCGUCACCUCACGAGUUCCUCAUCAAGCCCGCUUGCGCCCAGCCGUGUCUGCGGACGAUGCCGGAGGAACCUUCUCCUGAAGUCUGCCUGGUGUGCACUUUGGUUCAUGCUUGUGGUGAUCCUCUCUUUGCCAUCCUUGGGUUACGCUUUCGUGCAGUCACUGCCCCGAGAGAACAGCUUCCAGAUGCAGAGCACCAGCGUCUUAAAGGCCGUCCAUGGCGGUGCUGCCCUGCUGAUGCUUCUCAUCGACGCGCGGAUCCAACUGGACGAUCAAAGCUCCUAUUUAGAUCAACCACCAUGUUCUGCUGGAUUUUAA